AGGUUUUCGUGCAUUGAAUGACAGUAAGCUUUGGAAGUGUGUGCAUUAUGGUGUUCAUUCAGAGCCUUCUUAUUUUCCUGUUUAUUGUGGCAUCAAACGGCAUUUUAUGCUUUGUUAAUGAUGACAUAUGUGGAGUGAACCUGAAACUUCAGGGCUUUGCCGGACCUCGAGUUAUUACAACUUCCAAUGGUGACACGGGUCCCCCCGGCUCUUGGCCCUGGAUGGUUUCGGCUGGAGAACUGUCCUCUGAAGGAGUCUGGGAACAUCGUUGCGGUGGAACCAUCAUUGCCUCUAAUCUGGUACUCACUGCCGCUCAUUGCGCCUUCGAUGACAGGUGGCUUAUUCGAACUGGAGAUCGGGACUUGGAUUCGAGUUUCGACGAUGCAAAGGUGAUUACCCGCAAGAUCAAGAAGAUUCAUGUCCACCCCAAGUAUGUCUAUGAUCUGACAGCUUAUUACGAUGUAGCCAUUUGGGAGUUGGACGAGGAUCAUUUGAUCGUUUGA